AUUUCCCCUCAGACAAGCGCCCAGAACCCCAGAAGCAUGACUCCCAAGGCCUCCUCCCCGCACCCCAGUGGCUCCCAGCCCCGGCAGAAUGGUACUCCCGUCUUCCUGGCCCGCGUGAUGGCCCUCCCCGCCCUCAGCAAGGCCAUUGACACCUUCUACGACACGGGCAAGAGUAAUGCCGUGGUGGGUGCGGCGCUGCGGGCGGCGGAGCGCGGCGUGAGGGUGGCGGCCACGGGGGCGCUGCCGCUGGCCGACCCGCUGGUGCGACGCGUGGGCGGCUGGGCUGUGGUAGACGAGUGGGCGUGCCGCGGCCUGGACAGGGUGGAAAAGGCCGUGCCGAUCAUCAACCUGCCCGCGGAGGAGAUCGUGGACCGGACGCGGCGCACGGUGCUGGCCACGGUGGCGGGAGACCAGGUGAUCGUUCCCCCCACUCUGCUGGAGGCGGUGCAGGCAAGGGCGAACAAGCUGGUGGACCGGGUGUCGGAGGGACCCGUAAUGAGCAAGGUGGCGGUGGUGGCGGAGGGCUACCUGGACUCGGCCGAAGGAUACCUGGAUACCCUUCUCCCACGCGGCAAAGGGGACCGGCGCCAGAGCUUGGCCCCGGGGGAAGGCGUGCUGGCCAAGGCGAGGCUGCUGGGCCAGAGGACGACCCACAGACUCUACCGCGUGGCCAUCAGGCGAAUGCGACCUGACCUCUCCUAUGACCCCAAGGCGAAGCUGACCCUGGAGAUGGUGGUCAACUACACCCGCACCACCAUCCUCGACCAGCUUGUAGAGUUAGCACGACAUCCGGAACCCAACGAGAACUUCGGCUUGGUCAUGUCCGCUGUCCGCCUGCCCAUCCGCCUCACCUCCGACACUAUCACCUUCCUGCUGGUUACCUACGAAGAGACGUCCGCCAGAGUGCAGCACCUGGUCCAACUAUACCUGCCCCGGGUCACGCUCUCCGCCUCCACUGCGCGCGCGUCUGCAACCGAAGCCGCGAGGAGAGUGACCGACCUCCUAUCUCCGGCCGGUGCCAUGAGGGAACAGGUGAUGGCUUCCCUGACCUCCCUGACCGCUAGCCUGAAGGAUGCCCCCGAGGAGUUCAGGGCAAGGCUGCGGGAGAUCCUGGAUACCUUGGCCGCAUCCUUGCCCCUGGAGGCGAGGCAGAGGGUGGAGGUGCGGGAGUGGGUGCAAAAGGCGCUGGAGGAGGCGAGUAUGUGGGGCAACGCCGGGCUGACCGCUCUCAAGAUGACUCCUGACGCGGCGCUAUACGGCUCACAGCUGAUGCGGCUUUUUAUUAACCAAACUAUGAGGAAUGCUGUCAACCCAACCUCAACCACCACCCCCUCCACCUCCUCCGCCACUACCUCCUCCUCCUCCUCCCCCUCCAGACGAUCUCCUAACCUCGUACCGGUCAAGGUCACGCUCCUGAAGCCAAAGAAGCGAGAUCCUGCAGGAGACGCCGAAGGACUCACUCGUAGGACUCCUUUCUCUGCCGUGGACUAAGGAAAGGAAGACUGGAGGAAGGAUUGGAAGGAGUGAAGGAAGGAAGAGGAUGGUUGAUAAAAUAUAGAAGAAGAUGGAAGAAUGAUAGAUUAUGGAAGAAGAGGAAGUAGUGAUGAAUGGAGGGAGGAGAAGAAGGAAGGAGGAGGAAAGAAAAUGCUAAGUGAAGGAAUAAGAAAAAUUGAUGAAUGAAACAAAGAGACAAUGAGAAAUGAAGGAAAGGGAAGAAAAGUAAUACAUAUAGGAUGACAAAGAAGAAAAUAUGAAUGAAGAAGAAAAGAUAAAGAAGAAGAAAAUGAAGAAGUAGUAGAAGAAAACGAAAGGCAAAAUGAGCAGGAGAAAUCUGUAAAAUAGUAAAACAAGAAUAAAGAAAAAAAAAGAAAAAUCGAAAAAGAAUCAAGAGAGAGAGAGAG